AGCCGUGAACGUCCAUAGCUCGAGCUUCGUCUUUGAUUCAGUCGCGAGGAUGUUGGAACGUUUUUUUGUGGAAUUUGAACGCACUCAAACAGCUCCAACUGUUCGGGAAUACUUUCAACGGUUCUGAGGGAGAUUGAUCAAGGCGAAAAUAUGGAGCUCGAAGAGGAACGCCUCACCAUCCCCAUCAAUCCCAACAAUUUCCCAGCGAAAUUGUGGCGUCUGGUGAAUAACCCCAAAAAUCGAUCGAUACGUUGGGAUCCCUGUGGUGAGGGUUUGAUAAUCGACCAGCAGCUGUUUGAAGCAGAGCUACUGUCACCUCAGAAGCAAACGUUUGACAAAACCGACAUAUUCAAAACGACCAACUUUACAAGCUUCAACCGCCAGCUGAAUCUUUAUGGGUUCAGGAAGGUGGUCCAUGGCCCCGGGGGCUCGGAGAAGAAUGAUGGCUCAUAUCCGACAGACGGGAUAAAACACCACUUUCACAACCCAAACUUCAAACAAGAUCAUCCCGAACUGCUGGUGAAUCUUAAGAGGCUGACAAGCAAAAACAAGGCGAAGAUGGAAGCUGGCCUAGAAGUGAACUGCCGGCCCCCAGCAAAUCGUUUCCACCGACUCAUGGCCAAUUGUGAUGGUGGUGAGCAGAAAGUUAAAGUAGAUAAAAGAGGUUCCAUGUUUGUUGGUCAGGUAAAACGACCAUCUCCUUACCAACAGUACCACCAAAGCAGAAGCCAGCCCAUGAAGGACUAUGAUCGGACCCCUAUCCCACCCCGCGGCUGGAUCAUGGGUCAUGGGGAUGCCCCCUCCCCCACCACCUUCUACACAGACAAGGGAAUCCCCAUAUCUGUCAUCCACCGGUUCCCUUCAGACACUUCCUGCACUGUGCAGUCCAGUCCGACCACUGUGCACAUGCAGCAGGGUUCACAAAGCCUGGCAAACAGCUUGAUCCCUCACCAUGCUCAGUACCGACCUGGAUUCUAUUCCCCUGCAUCAGUGUGCCAGUGCUGCCCCCCUGGCUCAAUGGACUCGGACUGCGGUAGUGCCCACCAGACAACUCCCUCAUUCUCCCAUUACAGCUAUUACCAGCCAAACUGUCCUGUGGGCUUUCUGUAUCCUGGCAACCAAAACCAGGACUGGGAGAGCAGUGAAACCCAGGAGACCAAGAAGAGUGAUGUCAACCUGGACACAGUCUUCCAGCUAGUGGACGAGCUGCACCACAGUUCCCCCAAAAUACGCAUGGUCAAAGUGGAGACCCCAGAGCGCCAGCAGCCAGUCCUGUACACCUCUACAUCAUCAGGGCCCCAGUCCACCACCACCAUCCACAGCUCCCCUCACACAGUCACUGUCUCUUCCCAGUUUGACUCCUCUGUUAACUCCAGCUCUCUGCCUGGCCCCAUAGUGAUGGAUGCCAGCCCAGUGACUCCACGCGGGCCCAUCAUUAUAGCAGUCCCGGGGAACGUUCCUCCUCAGGGAAUAGCCAUCACUGUCGGUGGUCCCGUGGCUGAGCAGCCUGUGAAGAGGGAGUACGAACCUGUGCCUGUGGAUGCCUAUCAGAAGUGCCCUGAGGAAGCAUCAGAGUACAUCACCAAGGUGAAGGAGAUCCAGGUGGUGGACGCAGAGGUCUGCGGUGUUCUACGUGAUGGAACUGUUUGCAGCCUCGGCCAGUAGAACGAUCACCAGACAGCAAACUAAAUCUCCUGAUCUGAACUCGUUGGUUGAAGUGGCAUGCACGCAAGAAUGUUUACCAUAGUCAGACCAGGAUGUCCCAAGUUUUCGGUUUUGCUACUCAGGCUCAAGUCUGAAUUUUCUGCAGCUUCUUGUUGAAAUACGUUUACCAAUGUUACUUGUAUGUCACUGAUAGAAAAAUCAAUUUUCCUGAUAGUACACAUAUUGGACAUUGUACAUAGUUCAGCCCUGUUCUAAUUUAUUCUUAUUUAUAUGAUAACUUCUACAGAAUUGAAAUUGACAUAUCACAGAACAGUUUUAUUCUGAAUGCUUAAUCCUGGAAUUAAUUAAUGCAUACCAAGACUUAUUUGUCAUUUUUAACUUAAAGAACAAGUACCUUUUAAUGUUUAUUCCUCAUUUGGUUUAGUUUCAGAACAGUUUUAUUCUGAAUGCUUAAUCUUGGAAUUAAUUAAUGCAUACCAAGACUUAUUUGUCAUUUUUAACUUAAAUAACAAGUACCUUUUAAUGUUUAUUCCUCAUUUGGUUUAGUUUGACACCAAAA